GAUAAACGGAGCGCUCACCAUGGACUACACGAGGGCUCGCCCGCGGAGGAGCGGCCUGCACAUGCUCCAUCGCCGGGGAAGUUUGGUGAGCGGCCUCCACCUAAACGACUUACUAGAGAAGCUAUGAGAAAUUAUUUAAAAGAACGAGGGGAUCAAACAGUACUCAUUCUUCAUGCAAAAGUUGCACAGAAGUCUUAUGGAAAUGAAAAACGCUUUUUUUGCCCUCCUCCCUGUGUGUAUCUUAUGGGCAGUGGGUGGAAGAAAAAAAAAGAACAAAUGGAACGAGAUGGUUGCUCGGAACAAGAGUCUCAACCUUGUGCAUUUAUUGGAAUAGGAAAUAGUGACCAAGAAAUGCAGCAGCUGAACUUGGAAGGGAAGAACUACUGCACAGCCAAAACAUUGUACAUAUCUGAUUCAGACAAGAGAAAACACUUCAUGUUGUCGGUGAAGAUGUUCUAUGGCAACAGCGAUGACAUUGGCGUCUUCCUCAGCAAGCGGAUCAAAGUCAUCUCUAAACCUUCCAAAAAGAAGCAGUCCUUGAAAAACGCUGACUUGUGCAUUGCCUCAGGAACAAAGGUGGCUUUGUUUAAUCGACUUCGAUCCCAGACAGUUAGUACCAGAUACCUGCACGUAGAAGGGGGAAACUUCCAUGCUAGUUCACAGCAGUGGGGAGCAUUUUAUAUUCAUCUCUUGGAUGACGAUGAAUCAGAAGGAGAGGAGUUCACAGUCCGAGAUGGUUACAUCCACUAUGGACAGACUGUCAAACUUGUAUGCUCAGUUACUGGCAUGGCACUCCCAAGAUUGACAUUUAGAAAAGUUGAUAAGCAGACAGCAUUACUGGAUGCAGACUACCCUGUAUCACAACUCCACAAAUGUGCAUUUUACCUUAAGGAUACAGAAAGAAUGUACUUGUGCCUUUCUCAAGAAAGAAUAAUUCAAUUUCAGGCCACUCCAUGUCCAAAGGAACCAAAUAAAGAAAUGAUCAAUGAUGGCGCUUCGUGGACAAUCAUUAGCACAGAUAAGGCAGAGGAUACGUUCUAUGAGGGGAUGGGCCCUGUCCUUGCCCCAGUCACUCCCGUGCCUGUCGUAGAAAGUCUUCAGUUGAAUGGCGGCGGGGACGUAGCGAUGCUUGAACUUACAGGACAGAACUUCACUCCAAAUUUACGAGUGUGGUUUGGGGAUGUAGAAGCCGAAACAAUGUACAGAUGUGGGGAGAGCAUGCUCUGUGUGGUCCCAGACAUUUCUGCAUUCCGAGAAGGUUGGAGAUGGGUCCGGCAGCCAUUCCAGGUUCCAGUAACUUUGGUCCGUAAUGAUGGAAUCAUUUAUUCCACCAGCCUUACCUUUACCUACACACCAGAACCAGGGCCGAGGCCACACUGCAGCGCAGCAGGAGCAAUCCUCAGAGCCAACUCAAGCCAAGUGCCCACCAACGAAUCCAACACAAACAGCGAGGGGAGUUACACGAACGCCAGCCCAAAUUCUACCAUCACAUCGUCCACACAAACCGUGUGUCUAACAGCCGUCUUUUUGCUAGGACUUAAACUGACUUGA